AUGGAAACUAAAUUCUGCCUCGAAAAGGUGCAAUUGGGCGAUUUAGAUUGUGCUUUGAAACUCUGUCUUUUUGUGCUCACAGGUGUGGAAUCAUAUCAUCCCGACUUCGAAAGUCUCCCUAUAGAACCAGAGCGGGUAAUCUUACACAAAUUGCUAUCAAACUUCGGGCCGCUUCCAGAUGUACUCGUAAAGCAUGUUGAUGAUGAGAAAGGAGGCGAGCUCUUGAAGGAUCUUUGGAAAAUGAUUGAGGAGGAUGAGGAGCGAGCUGAAGGGUAUGAGCCUUUUGAGCAAUGGACUGAGAUUGAUUAUCCCAAUCUCAAUGAAGAUGCGAAAAGGUUGAUACUGAGGAUGACGAAUCUGGAUCCUGGAAAGAGGGCGGAGAUGGCUGAUAUUAUGACAGAUCCUUAUUGGGAUGGGGUUGGUUCUGAGGGUAUUUUUGGGGCUGAAGAAUGUUUUAAAGAUGAAUCAUGA